AAAAAAAACAACAACAAAAAACAGGAAGCACACUAUCCUUUUAAACAUGGUUAAGAAGAUACUGUUUUGUUUUGCAGUGUUAUUGAAAGACUAUGUACUUCAUUUUAUAGCUGAAGGAUGUGUUCAUUGGGGCUAUUUUUAAUGUAUUUACACUACACUGUACCGCUUCACUGAAAAACAGUUUUUUAAAAGUACACAGACAAUGUGCAUUUUAGUAUGUAAAAUCAGGCCCUCUGUUACUCACCAUGCAUUGUGAUGUCAUAGUCAGCUUACAAUGGAUUUGGAAUGUGCACUCUUACUAGCCUUCAGAGUGUGGAACUGUGGAACUCACUGAACUCACUGCGCUUAUAAAGGAGCCAAGCUGAAGAGCUCACUUACUGUAAGCUGUGUUUUCAGAAGCUGCAGGUAAUGCGGCUGCCCCUGCAGCUGCUGUUCCUGCAGAUUUUGCUUUGCUUUCCCGCGCUCCUCUCUGCCUAUGAGGCCCCGGAGGACAAGGAGGACGUCUUCGCCAAGAGGGCGUGUCCCGCCUUCCUGGUUUUCAACAGCGCUGCGUACCUGGAGGACAUGACCGUCGAGCUGCCCUGCCGCUGCAAACCCGAGGAGGCCCAUUCGGUGGUGUGGUACUACCAGAAGCACCUGCGGGGGGACGAGGCCCGGGUGCUGACGGACUUCGAGGGCACCGUGCUGGUGGACUCAUCCCGGGUGGGCCGCGGGACGGACCUGCGGACGCGCUUCUCCAUCCGCCUCUUCAGCCUGCUCAUCUUCCGGGCGCAGGAGGCCGACUCGGGGCAUUACCUGUGCGGGACGGCCUCGGGGCAGUUCUUCUACGGCUACGACAUCGACGUGCAGCGGGCCCGGCGAGUGUCCUUCCCCCGCCGCCGCCCGGGGGGCCGCGCCCGUGACCCCCCGCGGCCGGAGAGAGGGUCGGAGGGGCCGUACCGCACGUUCACCAGCUUCUGGCCGUGGUCGGUGUGCGACCGGUGUGGCGUGCGGGGGGAGCAGACCCGGGUGGGGCUGUGCUACCUGCAGAGCGACUACCUCAGCGUCCGCUACGUGCGCGGCCAGUCCUCGCGGGCGGCGGCCCCCUGCGGCUCCGCGGCGGUGCCGGCCCGCUUCCGGCUGGGCGAGGCCCGGGGGAAGGAAGGGGCGGAGCUGGCUGUGCGCGACUGCCACGCCCCCUGCCCCCCGGAGCCCGCGGCGACGGUCGAGCGGGAGACCCUCCUGGAGUUCCUGGGCUACGACGCGACGGCGUCCCAGGCGGCCGUGUACUACCACAACCACCCGGCCGGCUCGGCGCUGGUGCUGGCCUGCCCCGGCGCUCAGCCGCAGCACGCGGUGGCCUGGGACCGGGGCCGGGAGCCGCUGUACCGAGCGCGGCACAUGGAGGGCCUGAACCGCACGGCGCGGGUCUACAUCGACGCCGGGCACCACCUGCACCUCCGCCCCGCGCGGCUGGAGGACAAGGGCUCCUACUACUGCUGGGUGCAGGGCAGGCGGGCCGCCGAGAUCCGGCUGGGGGUCUACCUGCGCCUGGGCCGCACCCGCCAGGUCUCUGACCCCGAGUCCGUGCACGCCCUGCGAGCCCUUGGCUUGUGCUAUGCGGCGUACGCCCUGCUCUUCCUCCUCUACGUCCUGCUCCGGCUCUCCUGGAGGUCUCUCAAGAGGAAGAGGUUGUAGUUCUGGCUGUACUGCGUGUGUUUUUCA